AUGAGGUGCUUGCCGAUCGCGCUGGGCUGCAUGGGCCGCUGGUGUAGGGCGCGCGCGGCGUCCUCCGAGGCGAGGCCGAGCGUCACGAUACGGCCCGAGAUGAUCGUGAGCGUCGCGAUGUCUGGUACGUACUGCACCAUGCAGCUCGGCGCCAUCGGGACGCACCGCAUGCAGUACGACGAGAACGCCGUCGAGGACCGCCGCGCGUACCUCGACGUACACGGAAACUUCGAGAUGCCAGACAUCACGGCGCUGCGACACGCCCUCGUCGACCUCGUCGACGUGCCCGUGCUCUACGCCAACCACCGCAACGUCCAGUCAACGAUCGUUGAAGACUGCGUCCGUGUCAAACCGUCGGUCAAGCUGGCACUUGAGCAGCGAGGCACGAAGCAGAGGAACGAAGCAAAGAGGAGGAAGAGAAAGAAGAGGGGCAAACGGGCAAGCGGGAAGCGAGCCAGACAGAAC